ACGGUUGUCACGGAAGUUCAACCCGGAUAAAAUGACGACAGCGACAGAGAAAGCGCAUGAUCUCGCUUUCCAUUUCUAGAACCAACCGCGUAAUCAGAAUUGCAUAAUGCCCGCAAUUUACUUGUUUCACCGAAGAACGAUCGUAGGAGGUGAUGACCUCCAACCGGCGGCAUUCCUCACGGCUUCUCUACGCUGUGUUCAACUUGUUUGUCUGCUAGGUCCAAUCUUGGCGCACAUCCAUGACGAAAGCUCGAGAAAUGGCGGCCUUUUUCACUACAUCAUGUACGACCCAAGCGACGAUGUUUCAUGUCGACACUCGAACCUUUUUCCUACGCUUUUGACGCUAUACGCCGUUGCGUCGGUUGUUUACUCAUUUGCUUCCAUUGCGUUGGAGUGGAGACUCGCGCACUGGUCAAGCAUAGGGUCACCAACCGAGACAGAGCCACGUAGCUCCAAAGUCCGUCACCUUUUGGAACUCAAACUCGUUCCGUUUUCGAUCCUUUUGCUUCUCGUUUGGAUGUCAGGAUUGAGCGCCGUCGCCUUUGCCCCGCUUUACAACUACUGCGUCGACCUAACCCAGCAGAACAACUCUGAGAUUCAACGAGAGAUGGCAGAUGAUAUUGACAAAUAUUCGGUUGAGGUGUUUACCCCGCUCCGAGUGCAUUUAUGGUGGCUAGCGCUUGCAAUCCUGCUGGUCGGUCAGCUUUCCGAAGUACUCGUGUCGUUCGCCUUUUUAUGGCAUUUGUGUAAGCAACCUAUGCAGGCUCAUAUACUCGAAAAUCCAGAACUUAUGGAAGUAACGCUACCGUCCCAUCGCAUGAUCGAAGAAAUGUGGGCUGAUCGAUGCGCUGCGGCCUGUCAGUGUUUAGGCUCCGCCAGUUGCUUUAUGUUUGGUGGUCGGGAGCUUUUGGGCCAGGCCGAGUUUGGGGAUGUCGCUCGGGCCUUGGCGGACUAUUUGGAUACGGGAGGGAUACUGGACGUUGUGCCCUCCGACAUUGUAACGGGAUUCAUGCUUUUACAACGGAUACAACGACAACGAAUAUAUAGGGCGCGAGAAGAAGUACUGCAGCAUGUGGAAGUGGCGGCGCGCCUGGAGGGACAAAGUGUACAGGAUAACGCCGGCGACGAGCUCAUGGUACCACUGGACUCCCUACAAUCUACCAGCUACCUGCCAUCAUCAUCGACAACGUGUCGUGUCGGUGGGAGACAAUCCUCAGUGUUUCGAUUUGAUCCUGAUGGGACCUACGAGCGGCGAAAUCGAGCCUUAUUUGAAAGGCACAACGUUGACGAAAUGAGUGUGCUCGAAGAAGGAACCCGUUACGCAAAGUAUGCACUGGCAAUCUACACUUGGGUUCUUUAUUUGUACGUCCACCCAUGUUCAGGAAUACCUAGGCUUUUCGCUAAGUCUGGGCGUCUCUGUUGUCGCUCCUCCAAAACCGAUCGAAGGGGAGAAUCGUCUGUAAUACCCCAGCUUGCAGCAAACCUGAUCGAUCAACAUGGUCGUAUUGAAGGUGACAAUCUAUGCGAAACCAAUAAAGCUGCGCUUUUGCUCACAGUGGGACUGAUGGAAGCCGAUUUGAUCUACGCUCAGCUGCGAAGCGGCUUUGCUGACACUCCUUACGCAAUUCUUGUCGACCAUGAAUGGAAGUCGAUCGUUGUAUCGAUACGAGGGACUUUUAGCCUUGAGGACUGCGUAACGGACGUCCUCAUUGAUCCGGAACCGCUUGAACAGCUUGGAGUCGACUUCGGUUUCGACGCUAAGGAUCAAUACUGCCAUGGUGGAGUAUUGACAUGUGUCCGUAAUGUAUACCGCGACUUGCAGCGUCACGGCAUACUGGACCGACUCCUUCUAGGGGAGCAUGCUCGCUUCCCAGAGUAUCGGCUGCGAUUGGUGGGGCACAGCCUGGGAGCAUCAACAUGUACACUUCUAUCGUACAUGUUGCGGGGAAAGUUUGCAUCGAUUCGAUGCGUCAACUACAGUCCGCCGGAUUCAGAUCUUGUUCCUCGUCUCUCAUUCAAUGCAAUGGAAAUUCUGAGAAAUGAGAUUCUUUCUCUGAUUGGUCGUAUCAAGGUACCCAAGAUCGAAGUCGCGAGUAGAGUUGUGAGUGGAUCUGGACUUUCCAAUUGUCGUUUUUGUCUGGAUCAAGAUCCCGACGAGCACGCCAAUAUACUCGAAGAUAUCAAUGAGAUGCUCUAUGCUCCAACGGAACUACCCGAGUCUGAGUACCAACAUCAACUUGAAAGGUUUCAAACCGUACAGGAAGAACGACGACGAAGUCGUGGACAUUUACGCUCACUGCAACUGUAUCCUCCUGGUAAAUUGGUGCACUUGGUCAAAAUUGGCGAAAGGAAAUCGUGUCUUCAUGGUCUUGCUAAGUGCUUAACAUGUUGUACAACAAAUGCAGGUUCAAAGUAUCAGCCUGUCUGGAUAGGCAAUGACGAUCUGAACGAGAUUGUGGUGAGCCCUACCAUGGCAACGGACCAUUUCCCUAAUCGACUUUGUGAUUUGCUGCAAACAGUUGCUCGGGAGUAUAAGGUCAAAACAAGUUGAUAAGGUUUUAUCGAUAAAACAGCCAUCUAAACUGUCUC